AUGUAUCAUGCUUUCUUAGAUUCCCCAAAAAACACGAGAGUGUCAGUCAGUCCCUCUGGUGAAAUAGUGGAGGGCAGUUCAGUGACUUUGACCUGCAGCAGUGAUGCCAACCCACUAGUUCACACACACACCUGGUAUAAGAUCAGAGAUGACAAAACCUCUCAGGUUGGCAAUGAGAAAAACCUAAACUUGAAUUUGACACAUGAGACCAGUGGACAUUACUACUGUGAGGCACAGAAUCUGAUUGGAGUUCAGAACUCGACUGUGUUUUCAGUCGAGCUGCCAGAUUCUCCAAAGAAUACCACAGUAUCAGUCAGUCCCUCUGGUGAAAUAGUGGAGGGCAGUUCAGUGACUUUGACCUGCAGCAGUGAUGCCAACCCACUAGUUCACACAUACACCUGGUAUAAGAAGAACGGAGCUGAACCCUCACUGAUGGGAUCAGGACAGAAUUACAGCAUCACUAACAUCAGCUCUGAGGACAGUGGACAGUACUUCUGUAGAGCUGAGAAUCAAGUGGAGGUGCAGCUGCGUCUCAAAUUAGUAGACCCACCAGAAAUAGUAGCACCCCCUUCUGGCAACGAGAGAUGA